GCGAGGCGGCAAUCGAUGAGGGGGAGGGAGAGGUUGGAGAAGUUGAAGGUUAGGGACAGGGAUACUAGAUCACAAGCGUUGGAGAAUAUAAGCGCGAGCGCGACGUUGGUCAAGUUCGGUUUCGAUGAGAUUAAGUACGCGACGAGGAGUUUCUCGAGGGAGAACAUUGUAGGGAAGGGAGGGUAUGGAAAUGUCUAUAAAGGUAGGUUGAAGGACGGGUCGGAGGUGGCUCUCAAGAGGUUCAAGAACUGCUCGGCUGCCGGUGACGCGAGCUUUGCUCACGAGGUGGAGGUGAUUGCUAGUGUUAGACACAUGAAUCUUAUGGCGCUGAGGGGGUAUUGCACCGCGACGACAACGAUGGAGGGGCAUCAGAGGAUUAUAGUUUGUGAUUUGAUGAAGAAUGGGAGCUUGCACGAUCAUCUAUUUGGCUCUGAUGGGAGGAAGUUGAGUUGGCCAAUUAGGCAAAAGAUUGCGGUUGGGACUGCGAGAGGGUUAGCUUACCUACAUUACGGAGCUCAACCCACGAUAUUGCAUAGAGAUAUUAAGGCAAGCAAUAUUCUGUUAGAUGAACGGUUUGAGGCGAAGGUGGCUGAUUUUGGAUUGGCUCGAUUUGCUCCUGAGGGGAUGACUCAUGUUAGCACUAGGGUUGCCGGUACUCUUGGCUAUGUAGCUCCGGAGUAUGCUUUGUAUGGGCAAUUAACCGAGAAGAGUGAUGUUUUUAGCUUUGGUGUGGUGUUGCUUGAGCUUUUGAGCGGGAAGAAGGCAUUUUUAACUACAGAUGAUGGGCAAAACUCUCUUUUGACGGAUUGGGCUUGGUCAUUGGUGAGAAAAGGGAAGCCGUUGGAUGUUAUUGAAGAGGGCAUGGAGGAGAUGGGACCAAAAGAAAUUAUGGAAAAAUAUGUUCUUGUUGCUGUGCUUUCUUCUCAUCCCCAGUUACAUGCAAGGCCAACAAUGGAUCAGAUAGUGAAGAUUUUGGAGACUGAUUUGGCCGUUCCUACCAUUCCAGACCGGCCUUUACCUCUUGUGGCGAAUUUGGAUGAGAUUGAGAGGUCAGUGAGCAGUAGCGGGUCGGGGCACUUGUCCAGUGUUUCUGGCUACCAGCAAUUUGCCUUUGGAAAUGAAGUUUCGGUUCUUAUUGAUCGAACAGAGUCUGAUCCUGGCACGCCAGGAUAGAUCUCUGGUAUGUACGCUUUGCAUUGUUUGUUGAUUUAGCUUGUCUGAUAUUAAUGUUACAAAUGAGGGUUUCUUUUGUAAAUAAUGUUAAUUUUUUUUUGUAGAUUUUAUUACAUUUGAGGAAAGAGUUUGUGUUAA